AUGUCCUGGCACGGUGGCACCGCUUUUGACCCACAAUCGGCACAGCUGAUCUCGCCGCAGCAGACGACGCCCGUCGCAGCAUCCCCGACCAUCAAUGAAAGCGGCAGAAAGCGGAAACGCAGUUCUUCGCGCGCCGAGAAUGGCGACGCAGACGGCGGCGAUGGCAGCGGGGGUUUCGCGGGCAGUCCGGCCAGCCAGAGCAAUGGCAAGCAACGACACCAGCCAGGAGUGAAGCGGGCGUGCAAUGACUGUCGCCAACAAAAGCUGCGAUGCAACGUCGUUGCCGGCCCAGGAGAGACGUACAAGCCCUGCGAUCGAUGCAUCAAACACGGUCUGAAGUGCAGCAUCGACAAUGACUUCAAGCGGUUGGGGAAGCGCGCGGCGCACGAAGAGAUGGUGCGAGAACUGGACAUGUGCCGUGCCCGUCUGGCACAAUACGAGAGCUUGGGCAUACAGCUGCCCGCAGGCGAUACGCCGCGUCCGGGCUCCAACUAUGCUGGCAGCUAUGAGGCCUCACCAGCCGGAGGAGCUCCGGUAGCGCCCAUGACAGCAGCUCCGGGCAAUGCCUUUCUUGGAGCCAGCGAGGCUGCUGCUUCUCGAAGCCUCCUGGACCUCAGUCAAGGCUAUCGCGAGCUGGCACCCACGAGCUAUCCCUCCAUUACCCCGGGCACUUCGCAUACAACGCUCGGAGGGGUGACCCUCACGGAAGCGCAGCUAAUCGAGCUAUACGGUAUUUACUUCACGUCCUACCACCCGUUCUUGCCGCUGCYCAAUCCGGCGACAACUUACAAGGAAUACUAUAGCGAGCACCCCCUUCUACAUUGGACAAUCUUGGCCAUUGCAGCCCGUCGCUAUGACUCCAAGCCUGGUCUCUUCAUGGAACUGCAGCGACCACUCGAGGAGAUUCUCUGGACGACCUUGUCGCAGGUGCCGCAGGUCUACCACGUCUGCAAAGCACUGGCAUUACUAUGCACCUGGCCACUCCCCACUUCCUCCACGUCACAAGAACCUACGAUGAUGCUAUGUGGGAUCAUGUUUCAGCUGGCAAUGCAGUACGGCUUGCAUCGCCCAUCCCAUGCACAGGAUUUUAGCCGCUUUCGCAUUGAUCUUCGUGAGGAGGAUAUUGCAGAUCGACUCAACACCUGGGCAGCCAUCAACAUCGUCGCCCAAAAUGUCAGCACAGGCAAUGGCCAGCCACCACUUGCGCGAUGGGCAUGGUUCACCUAUGGCCUGCAUCUUGACAGUAUGAAGCCAGAGCUCCAAAUCAGAUGUCAAGUCGAAAAGUUCUGUGACACAGUCACCAGGACUCUCUUCACAAUGCRGCGCGACCAUGUCGUCGAGGUGGACCAGGCUCAGCGCGGGCUUCAAAUCGAUAUGUAUGCUCGCGAACUUGGUGAGCUUGAGGUUACUGUUUUGUCUACUAACACCUCCCCGGUGCAAGUUCUCUUCCUCAAGGCAGCUGCACUCCAUCUCCGUCUGACUGCAUUUUUCGACAAGACCACGUCGCCCAACUACCACACUGAUCUCCGAAAUGUGUACAUCGCUGCGUCUGCGCUGUCGUCGMAUCUCAGCGAUAUGCCCGUGGAGCAGUUCGCCUAUGUCCCACGCUACAUUGAGCAGAUGAUGCUCGCCGCGUCUGUAACUCUGUUGAAAAUUCUAAACUCAUUCUAUGCGGCGCAUGUCGAUAUAGAUCAUGGGCGCACCCUCUUCUUCGCAACCGUCACGGCACUUCGUAAAUUGAGCGUACGCUCCAACGAUCUUCCACAGCGGCUUGCAGAAGUCAUGGCUCAGCUCUGGCAGGCGAGCGGAGCAAGUGAAGCGGGCCUGUUCAAAGGGGAAGGCAACGACGCUGGCAUGGUCCGCGAUCCGGAUGACAGUCUUCAACUCAAAGUCCGGUGUCGGUCAUCGCUUUCAGUACUGUACGAUGCCAUAUGGCGCUGGCGUGAGCGUGCCGGUCAGGCUGGACGAGAGAGUCUUGCGACUGCUGACACUAACCCGACCGCUCUUCCGACCGAUGUGAAUGCACCGCUGCCGCAGAACGGGAUGGGAGGUCCUUUGGCGCCUAGUCACGGACUCCUGGACGGAACUGCCACCGACUUUGAGGCUCAGCCCUGGGACGUCUUUGGUGGAAACGCCGUCUUCGACCCGCUCAGCUGGGCACUUGACGGGAACUUUAGCCUGACAGGGCAAGGCGGGCUGUUUGGUGGCAGCGAUGGUAUGGGCCUUCCACCCUUUGGCACUGGCUAG